AUGAAACAUUUAACUAUUUUAAUAUUAUGCCUGUGCGUCUUCUAUCAACAAAUAGCGUCAGAAUCGAUGGGACCAAUAGAGUCGUUCAUACAAACAAAUUUAGUAGGAUUUCCUGUCAUCCACGAAACUCGUCCUUGGAUUUUCGACCCUGAUAUAUCUUUAAGGAGAAGAAAACAGUUUAUCGAAUUACAUGGCGAUAAAGGAGAAAAGUUGAUAGAGAGACUCGGUCUUGGAAUAGACGGUUAUGCAGAUGAAAGGUUGAAACUUCAAAGACAAAGGGAUGAAGGUCACCUUGGAGGGUUGAAUUCAUUAAGGCCU